UUCAUUAUUCUUCAACUCCCUGAUACUUCAAUUUUCAUUUCUAUUUUCUCUUCUUUUUUUUUUUCAUCCUCAAAGCUUUCAUCAAUGGAAGAUUUUGCUUCUCUUUGGAGUUAUCAUCAAGAGGGUGUAGAUGAGCUAAAACAGAAGCUUUUAUACACAACGAUUGAGCUAGAAUCAGUAAAAAUGGAAGCAAAUCAAGAGAUGAUAAAGAACAAAGAGAAUGUAAAGAAUUUAUUGAAUCUUCUUCAAUUAGCUUAUAAAGAAAGAGAUGAAGCCAGGAAUCAACUUCAUAAAGUAUUGAACAAACUCAAUUUCCAACCUGAAAGUCCUUUGAUUAAAGCAAAUUCAAGCAUCACAGAAUCCAACAGCCUCUCAGCUGAUAACAAUAACAAUAGCAAUACCUUUAAUAACGUCUCGGGUUCACCCGUUGUCGAAUCGUUCUUUGACGCGACCGCCGUUUCGUCGCCGACCGAUUUUUCAAGCUUCAAUGUAGGGGAUUCUCAUAAUGUGGAUCAAUGUAGUUUGGUGAUUGAGAGUAUUGUGAAAGGGAAGAAAUUGCCAGAGAAAGGGAGGUUGCUGCAAUCUGUUAUGGAAGCCGGGCCGUUGCUUCAGACGUUGCUCGUCGCCGGUCCUCUGCCUCGGUGGCGAAAUCCGCCACCGUUGCAGCCUAUGAAAGUGUUACCACCUGUUUUGAUUAAUAGUACUCCUAGAAUGUGUUCGAGUUCUAUGUUGAAUUUCUCCAACGCUUUUGGUUUGGAUUCUUGUUGUUUUAACCAAAAUGGAUUGGCUUCAACAACUACUAAUUCUUCUUCUUUUGCCUCCUCUCAGUUUCAAUCUACAAAGAGACAGAGAUUACACUGAAGUUCAUCAAUUCAUAUUCUAUAUUGUAAAAAAUAUAUAUACAUAUCUUUGGCUUUCUUGGUUUCAUUUGUAAAUGAUGUUAUAGUUUUUCAAAGUUGUUUUUUUCUCAUAUCAAUUCAUUCUUUCUAUGAAACUUUGGUUGAUGUUUUA